AGUGUGGACCCGAAAAAUAAGGUAGACUUGAUACGGUACAAGACUUGGCUGCUUCUUUAAACUCACGGAUAAGUAAAAUUCAAGAUUAGUGGAAGAAGAAAGGAGAACCAAGCGAAUUAAACAUGGAAGACGAUAGAAGAAGCAGAGAGCAUCAUCCUCUGUUGAAAUCCAAGAAGAGACAAGAAGGUGGCUAUAGCCAUGGCUUAUCACAAUCUCAGAUUCAAACUCUCGCCGUCAUCUGUCAAACUCUCCUCCCUCCUCCUCCAAACACCACGACGGAGAAAAAAGGUGUUGAUCCCUUCAACGUAGCCUCUGGUUCUCAGCCACCUUUCACCGAUGAGGUAGCAGAGAUGAUAGUGAAGAAUGGAAGAUCAGAAGCAGUGAAGGUUCUGAGUAUCAUAUUGACAAUCUUAUCAUAUAGAUUUGGAACUUUAUUCCUUUGUGGCUCUCUCUGUCUAACUAAGAACUGGCCAUUUGUCCUUAAAUUCUCUGAGCUUCCAUUGGACAAAAGAGAAGAGAUCCUGAGGAUGUGGUCAAGACAGAGUGGUCUCUUCCUUCCUCUUCGUAUCACUUUCUUCCUUACAAAGUUCUACACUCUCUUCUCCUUCUUCUCCCAGAAUCCUGCUUUAGAAGCAAUAGGCUACUCUAUUGACACAACAGAGAUGAGCAAAGAUCAUGACGAGACGCCAAGACCUCUCUCUAAAGGGAUCAUUGAGACCAAGAACGAGAGUGACGUCACCAUAUCACAGUCUCUAACUCAAAAAGGUGUUCAUGUCGCUAGAGAAGAUAGUGACAAUGUGCAUAGGAUCAGAUGCGAUGUGGUUAUUGUAGGCUCGGGGAGUGGAGGAGGAGUUGCAGCUGCAAACCUAGCGAAGGCAGGAUUAAAAGUCUUGGUUCUUGAGAAAGGAAACUACUUCACAGCUCGGGACUAUUCGGGCCUUGAAGGUCCUUCUAUGAUGGAGCUAUACGAGAAAGGUGGGCUUAUGACGAGUGUUGAUGGUAAGUUCAUGGUCUUGGCUGGUUCAACGGUUGGAGGAGGAACAGCAGUUAACUGGUCGGCUUCUAUAAGAACACCGGAACAUGUGCUUCAAGAAUGGUCGGAAGAGAGUAAGAUCAAGUUUUUCGGUAGUCAAGAGUAUCAGUUAGCGAUGGAUGAAGUUGUUAAAAGACUCGGUGUAACGGAAAGAUGUGUUAAAGAAGGGUUACAGAACCAGGUUUUGAGAGAAGGGUGUGAGAGACUAGGGUUAAAGGUAGUUUCUGUUCCAAGAAACUCAUCAGAAGAUCAUUACUGUGGUUCUUGUGGGUAUGGUUGUAGAGAAGGUAGCAAGAAAGGGACAGAUAGGACUUGGCUUGUUGAUGCUGUGGAGAAUGGUGCAGUGAUCAUGACAGGUGUCAAAGCUGAGAAGUUCAUGUUCUCAGAGAACAACACUAGCGGUAAGAGGAAGAAGAAACGAUGUGUGGGAGUGUUAGCGAGUUCUGUUGGAGGAAAGAUUGAGAAGAAGUUCAUGAUAGAAGCUAGGGUUACAGUUUCAUCAGCUGGUUCGUUGUUGACACCUCCUCUGAUGCGUUCAAGUGGGCUUGAGAACAGGAACAUAGGGAGGAACCUAAAGCUGCAUCCUGUUCUCAUGACAUGGGGUUACUUCCCAGAGAACGGUUCUGAGUUCUCUGGGAAAAUGUAUGAGGGAGGGAUUAUUACAUCAGUCCAUCAUGUACAUGAUGCUGAAUCUGGUUGUAGAGCUAUACUGGAGACUCCACUAGCUGGACCAGCUUCAUAUGCUGGCUUGAGCCCGUGGGUUUCAGGAGCUGACCUUAGGGAGAGGAUGAUGAAGUACGGAAGGACAGCUCAUUUGUUUGCUCUUGUUAGGGAUUGUGGUUCUGGUGAGGUUCUGAAGGAAAACGAGGUUACGUACAGGACAAGUAAGAAAGAUAGAGAGAAUCUUAGGGUAGGGUUGAGACAGGCUUUGAGGGUUUUGGUUGCAGCAGGUGCAGUUGAAGUCGGAACAUAUAGGAGUGAUGGACAGAGGAUAAAGUGUGAAGGAAUCACCAAAGAAGCCAUGGAAGAGUUUCUAGACAGCGUUGAUGCGGUUGGUGGGGUAAGCACAAAGGGAGAGCACUGGACGACAUACUUCUCAGCGCACCAGAUGGGUAGUUGCAGGAUGGGACGUACGGCUGAGGAAGGUGCUGUGGAUGAGAAGGGUGAGAGUUGGGAAGCAGAGGGACUUUUUGUUUGUGAUGGGAGCGUGUUGCCAUCAGCUGUUGGAGUGAAUCCAAUGAUCACUAUUCAGGCUACUGCUUACUGCAUUUCUACAAGGAUAGUUGCUUUGCUGACAGAAGGCAAGAACUGAAACUGUCUCAUGUUAGUGAAAGAUUUUAGAUUUAUACUGAAUAAGUGAGUGUUCGAUUCUGGUUGUUAUGUACGUUUCUGCAAUGGGACUAGUUCCACGUUCGAAUUAUUUUAAAAGUACUAGAUUUUGAUCCGCGCUUGCAAAGCGCGAAAUUUUUAUGAUUAAAAAUUU